CUCGACUCAGCUUCCUCACUCCUCAUCCAAACUUUCCACAAGAUGUCGGUCGAAGUUCAAAACCCCCUGUCUGGUACGACAGCCAGUCCUCGCGCACGCUGGAAGUACUUGGACAAGGUGUUGACGCGAAGUGGGCCAUUCACGGAUCCUGAUAUGUUUCAGCCGGGUGAAUCGGUCAUAGAGCUCUUGAGUACAGCCAAAGUAUUAGUCAUUGGAGCCGGUGGUCUCGGAUGCGAGAUCCUUAAGAACCUCGCACUUUCUGGCUUCAAGGAUAUCCACGUGAUCGAUAUGGACACCAUUGAUGUCAGCAACCUGAACCGGCAGUUCCUCUUCCGUCAGGCAGAUGUUGGCAGCUUCAAGGCCGAGGUCGCGGCUCGUUUUGUCGAGAAGCGUGUCAAAGGUGUCAAGAUCACACCUUACUGUGGCAAGAUCCAGGAUAAAGACGAAGCGUACUACAUGCAAUUCGCCAUGAUAGUAUGCGGUCUGGACAGCAUCGAGGCUCGUCGGUGGAUCAACGCAACUCUUGUUGGCAUGGUUGAUGAGACAAACCCUGAUUCAAUGAAGCCGCUUGUAGACGGCGGUACUGAAGGUUUCAAGGGCCAAGCGAGGGUCAUCUUCCCGACCAUGACGAGUUGUAUUGAGUGCCAGCUGGACAUGCACGCGCCUCGCGCUGCGGUCCCCCUCUGCACACUCGCCACCAUCCCCCGCCAGCCACAACAUUGCAUCGAGUGGGCACACAUCAUCGCGUGGGACGAGGAGCGCAAGGACAUUACUCUCGACAACGACGACCCAGAGCACAUCACCUGGCUGUACCAGAAGGCCCUCAAGCGCGCCCAGGAGUUUAACAUUGAAGGCGUCACAUACUCAAUGACGCAGGGCGUCGUCAAGAACAUCAUCCCUGCAAUUGCCUCGACCAACGCCAUUGUUGCUGCAAGCUGCUGCAACGAGGCGUUCAAGAUUGCGACAAACACAAACCCGUUCAUGGGCUUCCCGGGGACAGACAACUACAUGAUGUACACGGGUGAUGACAGCGUAUACACCUACACGUUUGAGCACCAGAAGAAGGACGACUGUCCUGUCUGUGGUGCUGGCAACAUUGCACGGCCUCUGCCGGUGAACCCAAAUAUCACGCUGCAAGAGUUCAUUGAGGGGCUAGCAGAGAGGCCUGAAGCUCAACUCAAGAAGCCCUCGAUUCGCACCGGCGAGAAGUCGCUGUACAUGCAGAUGGCUGGACUUGAGGAGCAGACGCGUCCCAACCUUGAGAAGAAGCUGAGCGAGCUGGUUGAGGACGGCGAGGAGAUUCUCAUCACCGACAGGUCAUUCCCGACGCAGUUCAAGUACAAGGUGGUGUACCAGAAGUAGGCUGCUGGUAUCCGAUCAGUCAGCAGGUCACAGUCUGAUUAGAGCGAGAUUGACGGAGCAUACGUAGCGCAAUGUCUUGCA